CGAGCUGUCUGAGGGUGACAUCACACAGAAAGGAUAUGAGAAGAAGAGGGCCAAGUUACUGGUGCCGUACACCGCUCAGGCACAAAAAACAGCCGCGGGCGACUGCGAAGGUAAAGUCCUAAACUCUCGCGUAACUCGGUCCUGAACCACACUGAGACGAGACGAGCUGCGAGAGCUGAACGAGCCUCAGGACGGAUUUCUCCAAAUGUAAUCUGGGAAAUGUUCGAUGCAGGAUGCAGGCGCUGACGUAUCUUUAUUUUAAACAUAUGGCUAGGCACUUUAGGCUAACGCUAAAGAUGAGCCUAUAAGUAGCUCCGCCCCUAAAUAAGAUUUACACAGAAACAGAACAAAAUCAGAAAUUUAAAUAGAAUUCGCUUUUUAACGACUAAAUCUGCAGAAUGAAACAUUAAAACGUUUCAUCCUUUCUGUGAACAGAUUUGACUCCGCCCCCAGAGUAUGAUGGGGAGGAGCCUGGUCCAAGCUCUGCUACUGUGCCUAGCAACGCCUCGUCGAGCUCCUCCUCCUCUCGACAUCGGCGUGCGCGGAGAUCGCACAGGAGCGGCGGCACACGGGACGAGCGGUACAGAUCAGAUAUACACACUGAAGCUGUUCAGGCAGCUUUGGCCAAACACAAGGAGGAGAAAAUGGCGUUGCCGAUGCCGACCAAACGGCGCUCAGCGUACGUGCAGUCACCCAUCGACAACUGCAGCCCACCAGACUCGUCCUCGUCCUCGGAUGAUGAAAGCGGUUCGGGGCUCAGUGGCGCUCGGCAGCCGUCUCCAGACUCCUGGAUGAACAGCUCCAUCCCGGGUUCGUCCACCUCGUCCUCUUCGGCGUCCUCUACCAUGUCUCACGGAGAGUCUCGUCCUCCUCAGGCCCCUCAGCCGCAGAGUCAACACACGCAGCCGCCGCACUCAUACUCGCAACCGUCCGCCCUCGCCGAGGCCUUCGCCCACGCCUGCAUCGAUCCAGCAAGACUCAGUGGUCUGGGUGCUGACGGUGAGUCUCCGACUCAGACACGAAAUCAGGGAUCACGUGUGGAUCUGCCAUCUAACGCCGUGGUGAGAGGAAUGAGUCGUGGACAGAGCAGGUCCAGCAUGAUGGAGACGGCAGACGUGAGAAGAGUGGGGAAAGGUGUUCCUGUGUCCAGUCGCGUCUCCACUAAGAUCCAGCAGCUUCUCAACACGUUGAAGCGACCCAAACGACCUCCACUGAGCGAGUUCUUCCUGGAUGACCAAGAGGAGAUUGUAGAAGUCCCACGGCAGGACCCCAACACCCCGAGGCCAGAGGGCCGUCAGAUAAUCCCAGUGAAGGGUGAGCCACUGGGCGUAGUCAGUAACUGGCCUCCCGCCCUGCAGGCUGCGCUGGCACGGUGGGGUGCCACUCAAGGCAAAAGCCCCGCCCUCACCACCCUGGACAUUACAGGCAAACCUCUCUACACUCUCACAUACGGGAAACUGUGGAGCCGUAGUGUUAAACUAGCCUACACGCUUCUGAACAAACUGGGAACCAAGAACGAGCAGGUGAUCAAGCCUGGGGACCGGGUGGCAUUAGUGUACCCAAACAGUGACCCUGGCAUGUUCUGGGUGGCAUUUUAUGGCUGCUUGCUUGCAGAGGUCAUUCCUGUGCCAAUAGAGGUGCCGCUGUCCCGCAAGGAUGCGGGCAGCAGUCAGGUGGGCUUCCUUUUAGGGAGUUGUGGUGUGAGUCUCGCGCUGACCAGUGAGAUCUGUCUGAAAGGUCUCCCGAAAACCCCCGCUGGAGAAAUCCUGCAGUUCAAAGGUUGGCCAAGACUGAAAUGGGUGAUUACUGACUCCAAAUAUCUCACCAAACCUUCUAAAGACUGGCAGCCGCACAUCCCCACCGCUAAUACCGACACCGCGUAUAUAGAGUAUAAGGCAAGUAAGGAGGGCACAGUGGUGGGCGUGGCCGUGUCGAAGAUAGCCAUGCUAACACACUGCCAGGCGCUCUCACAGGCCUGUAACUACUGCGAGGGUGAGACACUGGUGAACGUCUUGGACUUUAAGAAGGACAUGGGUCUUUGGCACGGCGUCCUCACGAGUGUGAUGAACCGCAUUCAUACCAUCAGUGUACCGUAUGCAGUAAUGAAGGCGUGUCCUCUGUCCUGGGUCCAGCGUGUCCACAUACACAAAGCGCGUGUUGCCUUGGUGAAGUGUCGUGACCUCCACUGGGCCAUGAUGGCGCACAAGGAGCAGAGAGACAUCAGCCUGUCCUCACUGCGUAUGCUGAUCGUCGCUGACGGAGCUAAUCCAUGGUCUGUGUCGUCAUGUGACGCGUUCCUGAACGUGUUCCAGACUCACGGGUUGAAGCCGGAGGUCAUUUGUCCGUGUGCUACGUCCCCCGAGGCCAUGACCGUAGCCAUCCGCAGACCUGGGGUUUCCGGAGCUCCGCUCCCCGCCCGGGCCGUGCUCUCCAUGACGGGUCUGAGUCACGGGGUCAUCAGGGUCAACACAGAGGACAAGAACUCCGCCCUGACGGUGCAGGAUGUGGGUCAUGUGAUGCCUGGAGCUUUGAUGUGCAUCGUGAAGCCGGACGGGCCGCCGAUGCUCUGUAAGACGGAUGAGAUCGGAGAGAUCGUUGUCAACUCUCGUGCAGGGGGAACCCUGUACUACGGCCUGCUGGGGGUCACCAAGAACACUUUCGAGGUGAUCCCGGUGAACGCGAGUGGAGCUCCUAUCGGGGAAAUUCCCUUCGUGCGCUCGGGGCUGCUCGGGUUCGUCGGACCGGGGAGUCUGAUAUUCGUGGUGGGGAAGAUCGAAGGCUUGUUGACGGUCAGUCGGCGUCGACACAACGCUGACGACCUCGUGGCCACAGCGCUCGCCGUGGAGCCGGUCAAGACCGUGUACAGGGGCAGGAUCGCAGUAUUCUCAGUGACGGUGUUCUACGAUGAGCGGAUCGUGAUUGUAGCAGAGCAGAGACCUGAUGCCAAUGAAGAGGACAGCUUCCAGUGGAUGAGCCGAGUGCUACAGGCUAUAGACAGCAUCCACCAGGUGGGUCUGUACUGCCUGGCGCUGGUCCCCGCUAACACUCUGCCCAAAACUCCUCUGGGUGGGAUUCACAUCUCAGACACCAAGCAGCUCUUCCUGGAGGGGGCGCUGCAUCCCUGCAACAUCCUCAUGUGUCCCCACACCUGCGUAACCAACAUGCCCAAACCUCGGCAGAAACAACCAGUGGGUGUAGGUCCCGCCUCCAUCCUGGUGGGGAAUCUGGUGGCCGGGAAAAGAAUCGCUCAGGCAGCAGGAAGAGAUCUGGGAAUGAUCGAGGAUCAGGAUCUGGUGAGAAAGCUCUGCAUGUGGCCCACUAUGAUGCACCAGUAUCUGACCGAGGCUCUGCAGUGGAGAGCGCAGACAGACCCGGACCACGUGCUCUAUGUGCUGCUGAAUGCAAAGGGCGUGGCAGUGUGCACAGCGACGUGUGUACAACUACACAAAAGAGCUGAGAAGAUCGCCGCUGCUCUCAUGGAACGAAGUGGAAUUAGCAUUGGGGAGAACGUUGUGCUGUUGUACCCACCAGGUAUUGAUCUGAUUGCAGCGUUUUAUGGCUGUCUGUAUGCCGGGUGUAUUCCCGUCACCGUGAGGCCGCCACACCCACAGAACCUCUCAGCCACGCUGCCUACAGUCCGCAUGAUCAUUGAUGUGAGUAAAGCCGCCUGCAUCCUCACCACUCAGAUUCUCACCAAGAUUCUCAGAUCUAAAGAAGCUGCUGCUUCAGUUAACAUAAAAACUUGGCCCAUCAUCAUUGAUACAGAUGAUCUUCCUCGUAAACGUCCUCAGAGUGUCUACAAACCUCCAUCUGCUGACGUCAUCGCUUACCUGGACUUCAGCGUGUCCACCACGGGCAUGCUCACUGGAGUCAAGAUCUCUCACUCGGCGGUCAGUGCUCUGUGUCGCUCCAUAAAGCUGCAGUGUGAGCUCUACUCCUCUCGCCAGCUCGCCAUCUGCCUCGACCCGUACUGUGGACUCGGCUUCGUGCUCUGGUGUCUCGCCAGUGUGUACUCUGGUCAUCAGUCCAUCCUGAUUCCUCCUCUGGAGCUGGAGAGCUCGUUAUCUCUGUGGUUGAGCACGCUGAGUCAGUACCGCAUCAGAGACACCUUCUGCUCCUACUCCGUCAUGGAGCUGUGUACGAAAGGACUCGGGGGACAAACUGACAUGCUGAAGGCUCGGGGAGUGAACCUGGCAUGUGUGAGGAGUUGUGUUGUGGUAGCUGAAGAACGUCCACGUCUGGCCCUCACCCUGUCCUUCUCCAAACUGUUUAAAGACCUGGGGCUCUCCACCCGCGCCGUCAGCACCGCCUUCGGCUCCAGAGUCAACCUCGCCAUCUGUCUACAGGGUACAACUGGACCAGACCCCUCUACUGUGUACGUUGACAUGAAGUCCCUUCGACAUGACAGGGUGAGGCUUGUUGAGAGAGGAGCACCUCAGUCUCUUCCUCUAAUGGAGUCUGGAACAAUCCUGCCUGGUGUGAGGGUCGUGAUCGUCAACCCUGAGACGAGGGGACCACUGGGAGACUCUCACCUGGGAGAGGUCUGGGUGAACAGUCCUCACACAGCAUUGGGUUACUACACCAUCUACGGUGAGGAGAGUCUGCAGGCCGACCACUUCAACACCAAACUCAGCUUCGGAGAUCCUCACACGGUGUGGGCGCGCACCGGCUACCUCGGCUUCAUCAAGAGGACCGAACUCACCGACUCCAGCGGGGAGAGACACGAUGCUCUGUUUAUCGUGGGUUCUCUGGAUGAGACUCUGGAGCUGAGAGGGCUACGAUAUCACCCCAUCGACAUCGAGACCAGCGUACAGCGAGCUCACCGCAGCAUCGGAGAGAGCGCCGUGUUCACCUGGACCAACCUGCUGGUGGUGGUGUCUGAGCUGUGUGGCUCGGAGCAGGACGCGCUGGACCUGGUGCCUCUGAUCACCAACGUGGUUCUGGAGGAGCAUCACCUGAUCGUGGGCGUGGUGGUGAUCGUGGACCCCGGCGUCAUCCCCAUCAACUCCCGCGGAGAGAAGCAGAGGAUGCACCUGAGAGACUCUUUCCUGGCUGAUCAGCUGGACCCCAUAUACGUGGCCUACAACAUGUGAGGAGAACAUCUCCAGAUCUUCACCUGCUUCACUCUGAGUUCUCCUCACGCGGCUGUGAAACGAUCCGCUCGCUGUCGUUUAUUACAGAAAGCACACCGCCGUUCUCUUCCUGCUGAAGCCGCGUACUCGCCGAUCCUCUCACUGAGCUCUCGAGUUCAGCGCUAACGUUUAAAACCGUUCCCACGUGUAGAGACGGGGCUUAACCUCCCACUCCAACACGUUUCUUUUAACUUACGGUACAAACACUGAAUUAAAUUAAACUUUUUUUUACGACUUUAUUAUUUAAAACUCUUCUAUAAACUAUUUAGAACUGCACUUUCAUCUCUGUGUGUGUGUGUGUGUGUGUGUGAGAGAAAGACAUUAUUUAUUUAUUUAUUUAACUUUUUAUUUUUUAUAUUAAUAAUUAUUUUAAAAAUCGGCGCAAAAAGAGUGACAUGACAAAUAUUAAAUGUACUUUUGAUUAGUAAUAAGUUAUCAUAAUAAAAUAAAAUAAUGAGAGACAGAAAAAUCACUGUAUUAAAAUUAGAUUUUUACAAAUUCGUUAAUUGGAAUUAAAUAAAAAUUAGAACAGAAAGUGUACUUUUAGAAUGUUAUUUUAGUUUUAAAUAUUUAUUUUGUAACUUAAUUUAAAGGAUAAAAAUAAAUAAAUUCUUUUUUAAUGAGUUUAUUCUAUUUAUUUUAGAAUCCAUAAUUCUUUAUCGUUACAAAUAAAAAGAAAUUUUUAAUUAAUUUUUUUUAAUUUCACUUAUUUAAUGAAUAGAUUUUUUUGGGGUAUAGCGGGUUUUUUUUUCUUUUUGUUUUUUGUAUUUUGCUUCAUCAUCAUUAACAUCACAUAGCAACAUAACAGAAAUGUAAAGCAAGCUAUGUAAAUAAAUUAAUAAAUAUAUCAAUAAACCUGCACUAAGAAUUAACCAACGAAGCGCACACACACACACACACACACACACAGCUCUGAUAUCAAGGUGCUUCUCUACAAUAGAAAUCAGGACGCGUUUGUAUCGUUUCUAACCUGCAGGAACGAAUCUGUACGUUUUUAUUACUGUAAACUAACAAACUGUACAAAGGCAGAGAUUUUACACAAAACACACGUGUGUACAUAGGAGAAAACAUGCAGUAUGUGUGUGUGUGUGUGUGUUUCCUGUGCUGUUCUCUUACUUCCUUUUCUUCUCCAUAUGAAUAUGGAUCUGAUUAUAAACCGAUCUCACGUGCACGUCGUCGGGAAUGUAGUUACUCGCUUUCUGUUCCUCUUCCUUCACUCCCUCGUCGGCCCUCGGCUUCGCUCUUUCGCUCUUUCGCUCUUUGCCACCAGAAACUUUAUUUCAUGUGCAUGAGAAACUGGAGCGCCCGGGGAGACGAGAGGAAACAGUUUUACACACAGCACCAUGUUCACAUGGCUUUCUCUAGUGUGUGUGUGUGUGUGUGUGUGUGUGUGUGAAAUAAACUUUCCCAAAACUUUUAAAAGGUUUUAAAAUCUUUAAUUUUCUCUUUGAUUUGAAGGAACUACAGUUUACACCUCAACAUUUUUAAAACCUCAACACCAGUGUUUGACUGGUUUUGGUUUUAAAACCCGUAGUGAGGAGCUGGUCUUGAGUGUCUGGUGAGGAGUUCAUGCCAGAUUCAUGUGGUUCACACCGCAGUGCUGAUACAUUCUGCAGUUAUUCACUGCAACUAAAACCAGACUGAUGACUUUUUCAGCACAGCUCUUCUCUGAUCUGAGACCCGUGUUGGAAACUAUAACUCCAUAAAGAAUCCCUCCUGCUUUCUUGCGUCAUCAAGCCACACUUGAAAUCGCCCGCGUCGAUCUCUUGUAACAUCAUAUACGAGGUACAUAGAGUAGAAGACUGCUACACUGACAAGUAAGCAGCAAUGUCCAACAUGGGGGCACGGAUGUUCAGGUUUAUUUGAAAGCCACCCCUUUGGAUAGGGCUGAUUUCACCGCAAGGGACAUCAUGGCUAAUGCAUGAACAUGAAACCUAAAGUACUGCAGUGUCAGGCUACAAACUGCCAGCUUUAUAACAACAGAUAAUGCUGUGAAAAGGAGAGCAGUAGAUGGCUUUCGCUAGUUAGAUUGUACUAUACACACUUUUUAUUUUCAUGUUUCAGAUUUCCAGAAAAGAAAUGGUGGGAAAACAAGCAGCCAAUAUCGUCUAGACUGUUUAAAUAUCCUCUUCAGUCAUGUUCCGGACUUUGUAGUUCAGCUCAGAACCAAAAGAGCAGCUACACCGUUACUGAUGGAGAUCAGCUGUAUGAUACCGAGCUUAACUGGGCUAAACACAGGCCGCAUUUAGGUCCCUCCUUACUGAAUUGAAUUGCAGCUUUAGUGCUAUUCAAAUUCUAUUUGUCAAAUUUAGUCAUACGCAGUACGAUAUGCAGUGAAAUGCUUAGACAACUGCCCGUGACCUUAAAAAUUUCUAAACAAUUAUGAAGAAAUAAGAAAUAAAUAGUUGAAACUAUAAGAAAAUAGAACAAAAUAUA